GCCCUUCCAAGAGUUGCCAGAAAUACAGCUUGUGGCAAAGUUCAUGUAAAACUUCAUGCCCUUCAGUUCAGCACAACCCCAAAUUUUCAGAAGAAGGCCAAAAGCCGAAGAGUGUAUCUCAAAGGAGUUCAGUCAAUUAUUCUACAUCAUUACAAUGACCUGAAGACAUCAGAAGCAAACACAUUUGUCAGCAAAAAUCCAAAGUUGAAAAAUGUGGAUAAACUUCAGCUGGAUGCAGUACUGAUGCUCCUGAAGAGUCAAGAAUACAGAUGGGAGGACAUUCAACAGCAUAAGGAUGUCCUGACCUUUAUGCCCAGCCAGCUGAAUGAUCGUCUCAAGUUCUUGAAGGAGUUUUCAAUCCCAAAACCCACACUUCACGAGCUAAUGUAUGCACAGGCAUACAUGCACAGUACUGUGGGAUUCUUACGGAAAUAUGGAGUUUAUAGCCAGAACUUUGAUAUUGUAGCUCACCUAUUAGAAAAUAUAAAGCGCCUGGAAUUACCAGAAACUUUUAUAAAUGAAUUUCAAGAGCAGUAUAAAAACAACUUGGAUGAGGUACAGCUGGCAGAAUUAUAUUUUAAGAUUCUGAAGAAAUAUCUAACAAUGAGGUUCCCCUCAGACUCUUCUGCAAUUGAAAUACUUUUCAAGGGUGAUUGGUCACCAGCCUGGAAGCCUCUUGUCUCCUAUCAGGAUAUUUGUGACAUUGUUGUAGAUACACUUAGGUUAGACUUCAGUUAUGUGGUGUCAAACACAUGUAUACUAAAUAUAGACCCAGUAAAUGUGAUAAGUCUACUUAAAAAAUACCCAAAGCUUGGGGGGGUAUCAACAAUAGAGGUGGCUGUCAAAGAACCUGAGCUGUUCCUCAUUCCUUUUUCAAAGAUAGAAAGAUGGACAAAAAUGCUAUGGAAAUACAAAGUGACGAAGUUCAAUUUCUCAAUUGAGACGUUGCGCUUUUUCCGAGGCAGUGAUUUUGUAGGAGUAGAAGAGAGAUUAAAAGUGCUUAGUCAGUUACCAGAGUGGAAGAUUAUAAGCUUGUCAGAUCAACUCUUUGUAAUCUUGAGAAAACCUUUUGGUUUGAAAAGAUUGCUUGAUGCAAUGCACUCAGGACAAGUUGUCAACAACCUGUCUUCUGCUGCUCAGGAUCCAAGUGCAAAUGUGCCAGUGCAACGAAGCCGGCGCCUCCCCCAAGAGGUUGCAGCAUACAUGGCUCAAGAACUCAACAUAGAGGAGUAUGAGGCAAAUGAACUAUUGGAUGCUGAAGUUCAAACUCACUUUGGUAUAUCCAAUACAUGCAUGGUCCUCGAACUCCUGCUCAAUUAUGGAUUUACAAGGGAGCAG